AUGGGCUUGACGGCUUGCUGUUCACUUCCUGGUCGUCGGAAAAGGAGACAGAGAAUAUCUCCCCGGGGACGUCCCAGACACCCACGGCCCGUGUCCCCUCUGCCCGACAAAACAUCGCUUCUUCCCAGUGCGCUUCCCCCACUCGAGGUUUCGCCUUUUCGACCGCCGCCGUUCAGGCUCUCAUCCUCCGCGCCGUCGCCCUCUUCAUCGCCCGAACGUCGCGUCGCAAGUUGCUCUCCAGCCUUCCGUCGUCCUUCGUCCACGCUCGUCCUGUCCCCGCGCUAUCUCGCCCGGGAUACGUCUCGGUUCUCGUCCUUUGAAACCGCUCCACUGGGACGCAGCAGUCCCUCUCCGGGCUACUCUCAUCAGGAGAUCGCCCUCGUGGCCCGUGACGUCUGGGAGCAAGCCUACGACCAAGUCAGAGGCGAUGAGGCACUCAAACCGCUGGUGAAGAAUUACGAGGAGCUCUUCAACAACAUCGCUGGUACCGGCGGGGGUUUACUUGGGUCUCGUCGCUCUUCACGCGCUCAGAGAGAGCCGAUGAGCGACGACGAGGAGCAUUCCAAUUCCGGCGAGGAAUCAUGUUUCACGAGACUCGCUCAGGAAUACCUGGAGCUCGCAAGACGGGACUCGGGCCAUCAGGGCGUAGUUUCCUCGGCCGUGCAUUUCAUCCAAAAGACCAAAGACGCUGUGGGUCUUGCUCUGGCAUCCUCCCCGCCGGCGUCACUCGCAUGGACCGGCAUUUGCACCAUCAUCUUGCCAAUCAUUGUCAACCACGCCGAACAGAUUGCCGCCCGCGAGGCAGGGUUCUCCUACGUCAUGUCGCGCUUCACAUGGUACGGGCAAGUUCUCGACCUCCUCAACCGCGCGUACUGGAAAAGCCCGCACAGCUUCUGCGCGCUGCGGCAGGUAAUUUACGACGAGAUUGUUGCGCUGUACAAGCUCCUCAUUGAGUAUCAGCUGCGAGCAUACUACACCUACUGCCGACCCUUCACCACCAUCUCAAGGGAUAUUCUGAAGCUCGAUGACUGGAACUGCAUGAUUGCCGAGAUCAAAGAGAGCGAGAAGCACCUAGAAGAUUACAUGAGCCUCAAUUACGAGCAGCAUCUCCUGGACAAGCUGCACACGCUCUCCGAAGACGCCCUCCACAAGCAGCGAGUUGAGACGCUGCUCAAGUUCAAAUUCCCCGAGGACCUCCCUUAUGCUGUCUACCAGGCGUACCUCGACAGCAUCGAUUCUCCCCAAGACGGCACCGGGGCCGGAGUCCUCACACAUCAUGCUUUUGUCAAGUGGGCCGCCGGCGAGUCGGGCGUCUUUGUUCUCGAGGGGAUUCCCGGGUCGGGCAAGUCAGUCCUGUCAAAGUCAUUGCUGACCGAGCUGCCCAAGUGGAGGGACACGACAGUCUGCGCCUUCUUCUUCAAGGAUAACGGCAAGGGCCAGAACGCGGCCACCACGGCCUUGUGCAGGGUGCUGGACGAGCUCUUCAGGGGCCAGCCGAGCCUCGUCGACGGAAUUAGCGCCAAGAUCGGCCACCUGCUUCCGGAGGAAGUGAGGUGCAACUUUGAUCUGCUGUGGAGCAUCCUCGAGGAGACUGCGGCUAGUUGUGGACCGGGCAGUAUCACGGUGGUCCUGGAUGGGUUUGACGAGUGCGAGCCCGACUCGGCAGACAAGCUGUGCAGGAAGAUAGCCGAGUACCUCGCUGGCCCGGACCCUCGGGUAAAGUUCUUCCUCACCACCCGUCCUCUGGUUUCGGCUCCGCAGAUGAUCGACGCUCCCGAUGUCGUUGUCCUGAAGCUUGAAGAGGACCCCCACUGCCGCAAAUACAUCAGCAAGGACAUCGAGAGUGUCGUCAUCGCCAGGUUCGACGGCUUUGCACUCAAGUGCAUCCAAGAUGCCACACUCAGACAAGAACUCCUGGAAAUGGUCCGGCCAAAAGAAGACAGGACCUACCUGUACGUCAAGCUGCUCUUCGACUACCUGGAGCUAAGGAUGCGAGAUGGCGUGCCGCGAGUGUCCCGGGGCUGGAUCGGCAUUUUCAAAACACUGCCAACAACCGUGAAGGAAGCCUACCUCGGCUUUCUCACCCGUGUUCGCGAGUCGCAGCAAGAAGACGUGCGGAGGCUGUUUCAGAUUGUCGUUGCCGCAGCGAGACCGCUGACUCUGCGGGAAGUCAACAUCGCUCUCAACAUUCGGGACCUCCCCAAUGGAAGCAUGCACGGGUUGGGUCUGCAGAACGAAGCAUGCUUCCGCACCUGGAUCCUCGAUGCGUGCAAGUACUUUUUGGACGUCUACAAUGGCAGAGUCUAUUUCAUACACCAGACAGCCAAAGACUUCCUCCUGGCUGGUCCCCAGGACGGCGGGCAAGCGAAACCGCAAUGGCUAGGCGACUUCAAUAUACAGACGUGCCAUAUGACCCUGGCGGAGAGUUGCAUUCUGUAUCUCUCGUUGCCGCUUCGCAUCCCGUCCCGGUUCGAGGGGAGCAAUUUUGACGCGAAAGACAUGUCCGACUACCAUCUCUGGCACGCCGACGAGCUGGCCUUUGCCAGCUACGCACAUCUCUUCUGGCAUAGCCAUGUGAGCGGAGCCGUCAGUGUAGACCAACCAAGCAACGAGGUUUUUCUGUUUGGCAUCAUGAAGACGCUACGCCCGUGGUACCAGAAGAUGACGACUUCUGGGUUACUACCUCGGGUGCCACGCGUCUCAACUACAAUGCCAGGGUCCUUUGAGAGACUAGCUACCGUACUUAAAUCCCUCGCAACUUACCAAGCGGUCCAGUCAUUGACGACAUAUCGACUGCACUCCCCGAUCCCGGCAGAGUGGUUCUCAGUUCGCUUGUUCAACAAAGCCCGGCGCUCCCAUGACACGUCCUCCUCGGGUCCGCUCCAGGUCUGCCAUGGCGAAGCACUCAGUUACGCAAUCUCCAACCGUUCGGAUAUCUAUCCGGUCUACGUCCAUAUGCUAAGCCUCAACGCCUCCUGGACAAUCGGAAUCAUGCUCUGGAACGUCCGCAUCCCGCCCCGACAGCAGAGGACCGGCCAUCUCACGAUGACUCUGCCUCGUCGAGUCAAUAACGAUGACCCGCAGGAGGCGGACGACACAAUUCUCGUCAUCUUCUGCGUCGGCGAGCAGUGCGCCGAACGGAUGGUCUCGCCGUCCGAGUGGCUCAGCAGUGUAUAUGUUCCCCCCGUGCUCGUGGAGCCGGGCAAGAAAACGGUCGAGGUGCCUAUCUAUCCGUUCUUUGCGCCGCCGCCGAACUGGCUGGUGAAGGACUUUAGGGUGCGUACCGUGCCGCGGUCGCGGCCGCAGGGCGGGUUGGAACGUGAAGUGGCGGGCCAACCAUAUUCAGACAACGGACAACCAACAAUAUAA